AUGGCCGGCGUCGCACCUGGAAAGACCUUCACCCCUGGGCUGGACUUCAGCAAGCAGUCCUACAGCAACCUCAGCGACAAGAUCGAAGCCAACGUUACCCGCGCGCAUGAGGUCAUCAAGGAGAAGCUGCCCGUCUUGGGCCAGCUGAACGCUCUGGUUUCUCUGACCUUUGGCGAUCGUCCUCCUGUCUUCCUCGACGCCCGUGGCCCCGAAGCCAAGCUUCUCGACUCGUCCACUGACGAGCCCGACACCAAGAUCAACAUCAAGCCCGAGUAUAUCUCUCAGUUCUACGAGGGCAAGCUCGAGCCGCGGUAUGGCCUGUUCAAGGAUGCCUUCUUCCACGAAGCCGCUAUGCCCAAGGGCAAUGUCCCGGUCGCCAUCAAGUUUGCGGACCUGCUUACUCCCAACCCUCCCGUUCCGCCCAGGAAGGUUGUCCCCGGCGCUUUCGACCGUCUGCCAGAGCCCACGGAAGACAUCGAGCAAGUCAAGCGCGACGUCAAGGAGUUCGGCUACGGCCUGGUCAAGAACGCCCUCACCCCCGAGCAAGCCGCCAUCCUGAAGAAGGCUACCCAGGAGCAGGCAGCCGGCGAGCGCAAGGCCGGCGUGUCCGCAGCCGACGGCGGUCCCAACGCCCCCAACCAGCGUCUCUGGACCCUCGUCAACAAGGGCGAGGAAUUCCUCGACCUUCUCAACCACCCCCUGAUCGACGAGAUCGUUCCCUGGUUCCUGGGCGAGCACGCCCUCAUCCACAGCUACAGCGCCAACAUCGCCCGUCCCGGCAACGUUCCCAUGCAGCUUCACACCGACCAGGUCGCCAUCCAGCCUCCCGUCCGCGACAUGGCCUUUGGUCUGAACAUCAUGUGGUACUUCGAGGACGUCACCGAGAAGAACGGAGGCACCCGUGUUUUCCCGGCCUCUCACCUCGGCCAGAUCGCCCCUGACGAUCUCUUCACUGUCGACGGCACCAUCGCCGCUGCUGCCCCGGCUGGAAGCGCCCUUGUCUUCGACAGCCGUCUAUGGCACGCCACGGGCCCCAACCGCGAGGAGUCUGGCGAGCGCCCUGUCAUUCUGAUGUUUUUCAUGCGCUCUUUCAUCCGCCAGCAAGAGAACAACUUCUUGUCUCUGCGCAAGGAUGUUGAGGCAAAGCUGUCUGACAGGAUCAAGCGAAUGCUUGGCUUCUACACCACUGGUGCUCUGGGAGGACUUGAAGGCGAAGUUCGUGAAGGUAUCUUUGUGACCCGGAAGGAUGACUGCGUUGGCACGCUGCGUGCCCCGCAUGAGGAGUAG